CGCAAAUCUCGUGCAUCUUGCGAGAAUUGCAUCUUCUUUCACUUCGGAAGCAGGAUAGAUAGGAUAGCAAUUUUUUAAAAGAUGUUUGCAAAAGAGAUUCCAUUCAAAGAUUAAAUAUGCAGUGAACUUCAACGUAUUUUUUUUGCUCAGUGAGUUUUAGUUUCGAUUUUAAACUUUUCCUUGUAGCUUAGCCGUAGAAAGUGUUUCCAAACUGAAUGCAGUCCAAAAUGUUACUGCAUGGAAGUGUACAGAAACAACCACAGAAGACUAAAAUCAUGGCCUCGCCAGAUGACAGAGCAGUUACUGGGAAAACGGCAAAGAUGAAGCCCCUGAAUUUCCCAUUGGAUCUGAGCACUGUGCCAACAGACAUGGCAGAUGUCAUGAAAGAAAUAAAAAAGCUGGCUGAAUCAAUGCUGUUUCAUUGGAGUGAGUUUCCAAUAGUACUGCCUCCAUCAGUUACAGACAUCAUGAAUGAAGAAGAAAUAAACUCCCAAAUAUUUAAGGACCUGUUUAAGGCCCCUGUUUUUGAUGAGCUGGAGGAAGUAGGGAUGACUCCUGAGGGUGGCCUAAAAAAGCUGUCCAAGAAACAACUGGAUGCCAUCUGGGAUAAGGGAGAGUUUGAUGUGGAUAGCUUGAACUUUCCAGGACAAGUUCACAAAUGGAGGCUUACUCAGCUGCUGCAGAAAGGCUCACUCAGAGCUCAUAACACCUUGCUGGAUGAUGCAGCCAUAUCUCUACGACUGAUGAUCAUCACUGCUAGGAACAGAUUCAGCUCCCAUUUCUUCAGUCUGACGAAGUCGGCCAGGGAGAUGGGUCGAGGCCUGUGGCUGAUUCUUGAUAUACUGAUUGGAAUGCCUUCUACAAGUCCAGGAGAUUUACAGUCCAAAAUACAAGAUGAACACAUGAAGCACCUUGUAGCAGAACUGGAUAUCAAGCCUAAGUACAAAAGCACCUUGGACAAAUUCUGUACCUAUGUAAAAACCAUGUGUGAAAAGCUCCAGUCAAAGAAUUAUCAGACAGCUGCAUUGAGGCCUCCUCCUGUCCCAUAUAUUUAUCAGACCCCAGGUGGACAAGAAAUUGAUCUGAGAUUAUUUAAUAAAGAUCUGAUCAACAACUGCCUUCCCAUACUGGGCAGUAUUCUAGAGAGAGGAGCCAGAGGCUGGCAUGUGCAAUACAGACAAAAGAUGAUGAGAGACCUGCAGGGUCAAGGGCUUUCAAAUGAAGAAAUUUCUGAGAAAAUCAAUGAUGCAAUAAUGAAGGAGUACUUAGACAGAGUGUUCAGUGCAAUCUCGACGAAUACAGAGCUGGAGAACUUACAGCCAGGAAUUGGUCUUCUCCUAGUGGCUCAAGCCAAAUCAGUGAUAGCUAUGAAGAAGGCAGUCAGCAAUGUGAAAGACAAGCUGACAACACAUAAACAGAGGUUGAAGGAUCAUCUGAAGCAAACUUACCCUGUGAAGUCAAGGAUUGUGGCAUGGGUCAAUGAACAGAUUGCAAGAUUUGAAGAGGAUUUCAUUGCCCAGAACCUGUGGUCGGCUCACGAGGAGGCCAUUACUCUGUGUGAACAGCAGGGUCUGAACCAAACGGCCUACUUCCUCAAGAGAGACCUCAACUUUAUCAAGGAGAGGGAAGCAGUAUUGGUAAAAGAACUCAGUAAGGUGAGAAUUCCAAACAGACGAUACACAUUCUCGACAAGAAUAUGGCUGCCAAAGAACUAUAUUGUGACGAAAAUUGAAGGAACAAGGCGAACUGUGAUUCAGACAAAAGUCAUACGAACUGAGCCUCCACCUGGAAGAACACCUGUGAAUGUGUCAUACAGCUUGGAGCGUUACUAUGGUAGGAUGACAUCAUCCAGGUACCCGUUCUGGAGGUGGUGGAACUACUUACAGAGAACCUGGGCGUGGUCCUGGAACUCUCUCUUCUUCCUCGGGGUUGUGAUUCCUUGGUACAGCCCCAUCAGUAUAAAGGCUUUGUUCUGGAUUAAACCAUUCAUUCCAGACAUAGAGCUCAGUCAGAUUGAUGGAAAUCUGUAUCUGAAAACCAGCUCAAAGACGGAGACUUUUGUGUCCAGGUUCCGGGCGUUGUGGCUCCAUGUAUUUAACUCCCGCAGGAAGUUCGAAGAAGCACCUGACAGAGGAUUCCUUGGUAAAAGCUUCACACGACACAUAAACAGAAUCUGGAACUAUUUCUUCAAGGGCACGCUGGGUUCCAUUUUGUUGACCUUGACCUAUCCCCUGAUGUGUAUCGGAGGGUCAGCCCUCUCCAUCAUAGCAGCCCUGAUGGUUCCCGUGUGGGUGCCAAUAGCCACUCUGCUGUUUCAUUUAGUAGGAGUACUGAUCUUUGACUUUGACAGUCCAGCUGACAAUAACAAGUUCUCCAUCGUGUUCGAGGCGACGAUCUACAGGAUGUUGAUUAUGGGCCUCCUCCAGCCAAUCGCUGCCUUAAUCACUGGCUCACUGCUGUGUCCAAUGGCUGCUCUCGGAGUAUCUGUGUUUGCUCUGGCCAAGAGAUUUGGGCGUGGCCUUUGGGACACUAUGAUGUAUUUCCUGGUCAUCCGGAGUAGGGGGCGGGUCCCGAUCAGCGAUGGUUUCGUAGCGCGGAGAAUUGCAGGUCCAGGCCUCGCUGCUAACCACUUCUUCCAGAUAAAACCGGAGCAGGCCCUAGCAGCCCUUGAAUCCAAGAUGGAGUUGGAUGAGCUGGAAGUCUGGAGAAAGAACCUGGAGACAAAAAUAGAGAUCCCAACGGAGAAAUACAAGAAGUUUGUGGAUCAAUGCUUUGGACCGUUCUCUGCCGGACUGGUGUCCGAUGGCGUCUACAGUCGUCUGCUCAAAGAAACGCAGUCCCUACAGAAAGACUUGAUGGUUAAAGUCAGAGAGAGAGAAGCCAAGCUUAAUACCGGGUUAAUGUCCAACAACAGCGACAAGAUUAAACUGCCGGAGAGAGAACUGAAGAUAACCAUCUUACAAGGAGCAAAGAUGCUGGAAAAGUUCUAUGUGGAACGCAUCUUCCCACUCCUCAAUAUGACAGAGGAGGAAUUCUGGGAGAGAAAACUGCUCGAGUUGAGAGAUUGGAGAGGUUUGACCAGUAAAAAGUUCUCGGAAAUAUUCUCCAAGGCCUUUCUUAUUCCCCUGGAUGAAUCAGACAACUUUUUCAGACUAGAGGUGAAGCAUCUGAAUCUGCGUCGGUACGCAGCCAUGUUGGACAGUGCAGACAUUAGAGAUGACCUUGACCUGGUAACAGAGGUCCAUUCACCCAGUGCUCUGCCUUUUGGUAAAUGGGAGGUAGUUGCACGAGCACCAUCUUUGGAUCAAAAUUAUUUUGACCCAAAUAAAGUUAUCAUCUACACGACCCGCUACCAGAUGAUGAGAUCAAGGUCCAAGCCAUGGAAACCCCGACGUAGAAACGUGACCUUUGAUCAGUUACAGAUACCCCUCCCGUUACCUCACCCAGGGGUCAUAGCUCUGUCUAUAUACAACAGAGAGCAUGAACACAGUCCCAAUAAUAUAGAAGAUGCCUAUUGUCAAAGGAUCCUGAAGGCCUCCAAAGAAGUCCCCUACAUUGACCUCGGGGAAUCCAUGACAGAGGAGGAGAUGGAGUUAGAGGCCUCCACCCCCGAGGAUGGUGCUGAGGGGGAGGGGGACUUCCUCCACAUCGCCCAGCAGGAACGGACCUUCUCGGAGGAGGACAUGGCCCGGCUACAGGACGUCAAACUGAAAGAGCUUAAAUUUGUAAAGGUCAUUUGUAAGUAUAAUUUUACCUAGAGACAUCAAUGUAUCCCAUAUUGGACAACAUCAUAAGUAGGCCAUGCAAGGGAAAUAACUCUGCACGUCAUUCUGCUACUGCUACAAGUACCGUACAUGUAUGUUCAUCGAUAUCUGACAUUCAAGUAUUUUAUAUAGGUAUGGUAUGUAAACACAUUAUCAUAUAUUUAUCUUUGUACUAAAAACAUUGUGUUGUGCAUCAGAUGUCAUAUAAUUAUAUAAGUUGUUUUGCAGUUUACCUUAUUUUAACUUGAUUUGCCCACAGUUGUGCCAAAGUACCUCAAAACGAUACCAGACUUUUUUUUUGUACGUAUAGUGUCAUGUUUAUAUAUUAUUCAUGUAUAAUAAGGUAAUUAAUGCAAGAAAUGUAUAAGCAUGUAAUAUCAAAGGAUUUUAUGAGUUGUGUAUUCAUUAUUUUUAAAAUUUAAGUCUAUAAUGUACUAAAUUGAUAUGAUUUGUGCUGUGUACAUAUCAGUUAGCUUCGUCAAGUCUUCCAGGCACUGUGUAUGUGGGUACCAGUAUUUUAUAAAUGUUAUUAUAAUUUCAUGAAUCGAUCCAUGAAGGCAACAACCAGUUUUUGGACAAGUAAUUUCCAUAACAUUGAUGAGUUUCUCUUUGAAAAAACCCCAAAACAAAACAUAUAAAGUCUGUCAUUGGAAUUUUGUUAUUAUUGGUUGGAUUACUGUAUGUUCCUUAAUUUACAUGAGUACUUAAUUCCGCAAUUCAGCCGUUUUAGAUCAAAUCGCGAGAACAUAAUAUCGCGAAUGCCAAAUUUUUCUAAUAGUUUCAUGUAGUUUACAUCUGUCCGAAAAAAUAAAAGCGAGAUUAAAAAAUUCAAAUUUACUUCUCGCGAUUUUACAUGGAUAUUAAUUCCUCACGUUUAAUUAGGAAUCUACUGUAACAGUAUAUUUGAACAUUUUCUUCUUGUUACAUUAAUGGAAUGUUAAUAUACAUCCACUUGUAGAUUUCUGCAUGCACAGUAAAUGGACAAAGUUAUUGUUAGUUGUGCUGCUUUGGGAAUAUAAAUGCACUCAAUGAAAUACAUGUAUUAACAUUAAUUUCUUUUUUUAAAAGGCAUGCUUUCGUAAAGACUGUAUACUUGUUUAAGAAUGUUUUACAGGUUAAUUUUUUCAGAGUUGUGAGAGAGUUUUUUAAUUUAUUGUUAGUCUUAAGAUUUAUUGAUGCAGAAUGUUAUUUUUGCCCCCAUGUCUGAUGAAAAUAUAAGCUUUGAGAAUCUGGUGAUAUUUUUAUAUGCUUGUUUUAUAUAGAUAUUACUCAAAAUACUUUUAUCUUUAUACACUAUUUUAGAUCGAAAGUAGUGCUUUGAAUUUUUGACAGGCAAUUUACAGGUAAUGGUGUGUUGCGAAUGUAAAAGUGUGAAUUAGAUAAUUGAAUAAAGACAUGUAGACUAGUUAAUAAUUAAAAAUUUUAUCAUCUUCAUGCAGUUUGAUACUAUAAUCUGUCCAAAAUUAUUGUUUUUGUCACAUUUGGAUGAUUUUUAAUGAAAAUGCACAUACUUACAAAAAAAAAAACAAUUGGAAUAGAUGAAAUGGAAAAUACCCAAUAUUUCUUUAUCGAAUUAUCUUUAUUUUUCACACUUAAAAAGCACAGGAAUGGAAACAGAUUUCUUUUUCAAUGAAAAUUAUAUUUACAUCUGCAGCUACAAAAAAUUCUUCUUUUAUUCAUUUUUCGGGGAAAUCUGAUACCUCAUGAAUUUUUAAAAAAAAAUAUGUUUAUUUACCGUCAGUUGUUUUCAUAUUGAUGUAUGUUGUUUUAUGUGCAUUUGUUAGUAUUAAAAUGUACAGUUUAAGACCCUUGUCGCAUAAUUUAAAUGUGGUGUAUAUUUCUGGUAUAUUAGGGGGGGCUUUUUAUUUGGGAAUGGGUGUUUUUAAGGGUUGCCUGUCUUGAAUGCAGAAACAAAAAAUUAUAUGGAAAGAAGGACAAACUCUAUAUACCGGGUAUAUAUUUACAUGUAUACAUAUAACAGAAGCCUGAAUUGAUAUUUUUUUCAAAAACAAUACUGAAACUUGUGGAUAUAUCAGUGUGGAGAUGUGGAUUUAGUGGAUAAUAAAGCUAUAUGUGCAUAGUAAUCCAACUGAAAUUCUAGUACCGGUACAUGUAUUGUUACAUUAAUCAUACUCUGAAGAGCAUACAGUUAUCAUCAUGUUUUUAUAGUGUUUUAUUUUCAGUUAUCAAAAUUUAAAAUACUGUGGAGUCAUCAUUGUUUUUGGGGGACCAAUGUUCUUGGCUUUUGUGGGCAACUCUUACCACCUAUACACAAUCAUUUGUUUAAUAUUUAUCAAAAUUAUCCUGAUUAUAUACCAAUGAAGUUACGUCCCCAUGAACCAAGAAAAUUUUGGCUACCCUCAAAUAAAAAUGAUUCCAUAGUUUACCUGUUCACUGAUACACACUUGUGAGGCUUGCUUGUAAAACUUGCAUCGCAGUUCUUGAUCCUUACAUUGAUGGAAGACAGGGUAUCAUUCAUGAACUUCAUAGACUGCAUUCAAGAUUAUAGUAGCUAUUUUGUAAAUCAAUGCAUUCACUGUACAUAUAAAGUUCUAAAUUAAUAUUUUAGGAAAAAGAGAAAGAGGUAAACUUGUGACCAUUUUGUGCAAUUUUUGGUUCGUUUACAUGUAUAAUAUGUCAAUCCAAUUAAUCAAUUAUGCAAACAACAGGGAAUUUUAUUAAUGACAGUACGUUUAUGAUAAUAAAAUAUCCUCCCAAAAUGGCAGAACGUAUUAUCAGAAAGCCAUAGCCAGUCUAGCAUAAACUCCAUGACCGGGAAAGCUUAUUCAAAUUUUAUUAUUAUUCUCAAUCCACAAGUAGGUAGGCAAUACUUCUCAGCUUUUGGACAUAUGAAUAUGAAAUUAAUGUAUAUUAAAAACAUGCAGUUUUCAAUAGAUGCUUGCAUAAGCAUUAUGAAUUAUUCAUAAAAACGAAAAGAAUUCUGCAACUUGGCACCCAGUAUGUAAAUGCGAAAUUGGCAAAGAUUUUCAUUGGUGAGCAGAAUGUGGUCUACUCUAUAGCCUUGUGGGCAAAUAGUGGACUAUCUAUAGCCUUGUGGGCAAAUAGUGGACUACUCUAUAGCCCUGUUGGCAGAUAGUGGAUUAUUCUAUAGCCCUGGAGGCAGAUAGUGGUCAGAAAUCUUGAGUGCAGUCCUGUUACAUUUUUUGUUCUUGUUUUUCUAGUUUAUGUGUUUAUUUGUUUCAGAAGUAUGAAUGAGGACCUUUGUGCAUGUUGGACUCAGUUUUGUCUUGAGGAGUUUCCGGUUAGAAGAUUUUUGUGUGAACUUUUUUGAGUAGAGUGUUGUGUACAUGUGAUUUCAGCUGCUGUGUACUGGCACUUGCCUGCUUACUGGGUAUUUCUGAUCCUGUUGAACUUUUGCUCUAUGUCUAUGUCCAUGAUUCUGCAGAAGUGUUAUUUAUUUUGUUUAAAGAUUUUAAUUGCUUUUUGUUUACCACUUUCCUGUUUUAUUUUCAUGUUGUUUUUUUUUCUUUCCCCAUUACUGGCAACAUUGUUUUGACCCUUCCCAACUACUAAACAAAACCUGUUCAAGACCUUUUUAAUGCAAGUCUUACUGUACGGUAGUUAUAACCAACAACACGCAACAGAUAAGUAUUUACAAUCAAGUCUUGCUUGUAUAUUGUUGUUGUGUCUAGAUUGAAAAUCGAGUCCUUUUCAAUAAGUGCUUGUGAUUACAAGUAAAACAGAAACUGGUCAAGUGAUAAAAUGGUCGCUUUAUACAAUAUAUUGGGAUGGAUAAGACUAGUUGUUUUAUGGACUAACCCAGAAUUUCCAGAGUUAAUAUAAAAUUGUUAGUACAUGUACUAUUUCAUGUACAUCACAUAACUGUUAAACAUGUCAAUGUAAAACAAUACAUGUAUAUGUAAAAACACAAAUAUAGUCCGCUUGUUUUAAAACAAUAUUGAUGUAAUUUUUAAUAAGAAAAUUUAAGGUUCACAUACGUACCAAUUGCUAUUUCACAUCUGUUUCUGCACAAGAGUGCCUUUUCAGUUGGUGGUUGUGACCUGAAAUUUUGAUCAAUGUUGCUCUACUUUUUCACAAUUAAUAUGUUAAUUAGACUGCAUAACCUGGAAGCUUGACUCAAUUGCCUAUGUGAUAUAUUUGUACAACUGUUAAUUAAACCACAAGUAUAACUCUUAUUGCAUAAUCUGUUUCUGACAGCAUAAUUUUCUGUGCAAUUGUUUUCCACGUAUUAUUUUUCUCUUUUCUCACUGUAGUUAUUGUCAAAAUUGAUAACAAUGGAUUUUUUGUUUUGUUAUAGUUAUAAUUUUUCCACAUUUACAUGUAUUAAGCUUCAUUACAAUGUCUAUAUUACUGGCAAGCACUGGAUGUAAUGACUUGUAUGAAAUUGAUAAUAAACCUUUCACAAAA